UCAGGUGGUGCUGCUAUGGAAAGAUGUGAUCAGUCCGACGGGACGAGGCUUUUCAGCGCGGCGACGCUUCGCUUCUCUAACAGCGGAAUAAAACCGUCCUUUCUCCCACACAGCGCUGCGCGGCAGCGAGCCGACUGUUCCUGCGCCUCUCCUGAGUCCUGAGCUGAGAUGGCGGCUGCGGUUUAGUAGACGGCAGAGGAUCCCUCCCCCCCGGCGAUUUGAUCUCGAGACCUGCAGAAUGUCUAAGCGUCGUAUUUCAGAGAGAGGGGCAGGGGAGUCAUCCGGCAGGGCCAGCAAGCUCCUUUGUCCGGGGAUAUCUGGUACCAAUGCAAAGAGAGCUGGUCCCUUUGUCUUGGGGGCCAGACUGGGGAACUCUCCUGUGCAGAGCAUAGUGCAGUGGCUUGCCAGGAAAGAUGGUACAGAUGACUUUUACCAGCUAAAAAUAUUGACCUUAGAGGAGAGAAUGGACUCGGCUGGGGAGACGCAGGAGGAGAGGCAAGGCAAGAUGUUGCUGCACACCGAAUACUCACUGCUGUCUCUGCUCCAUAACCAGGAUGGAGUGGUGCACCAUCAUGGCCUCUUUCAGGAUCGCUCCUAUGAGAUUGUGGAGGACAUGGAAGCCAACAAAGUGCGCAAGAUGAAGAAGCGGAUCUGUCUGGUGCUGGACUGCCUGUGUGCUCAUGACUACAGUGACAAAACUGUUGACCUCAUUAACCUGCAACACUACGUCAUCAAGGAGAAGAGGCUGAACGAGCGCGAGGCCAUCGUCAUCUUUUAUGACGUAGUGCGAGUGGUGGAGGCACUGCAUAAGAAGAACAUUGUGCAUCGAGACUUGAAGCUUGGAAACAUGGUACUUAACAAAAGAACUCAUCGGAUCACAAUCACCAACUUCUGCCUGGGUAAGCAUUUGGUGAGUGAAGAAGAUCUACUGAAGGACCAGAGAGGCAGCCCGGCCUACAUUAGCCCAGACGUCCUAAGCAGUCGGCCGUACCGUGGGAAGCCCAGCGAUAUGUGGGCUCUUGGCGUGGUCCUGUUUACCAUGCUAUAUGGCCAGUUCCCCUUCUACGACAGCAUACCUCAGGAGCUCUUCCGCAAAAUCAAAGCUGCAGAGUACUCCAUCCCAGAAGAUGGGCGCGUGUCUGAGAGCACAGUGUGUUUGAUCCGUAAGUUGUUAGUGCUGGAUCCUCAGCAGAGGCUGACUGCAGCCGAGGUGCUGGAGUCUCUCAGUGGCAUCAUCGCCUCCUGGCAAACUGUCUCAUCAGUGUGCGGCCCCCUGCAGGUGGUGCCAGACAUAGACGACCAGCUCAACCAGCCGGAGCAUCUGCAGGAGGUAAAGGUGACGGAAGAGUCGUCACAGUACGAGUUUGAAAACUACAUGCGUCAGCAGAUGAUGCUGGCCGAGGAGAAGAACACUAUCCACGAGGCCAAGAGCUUCCUUAGCAAGAGGCCCUUUGGCAACGUGCCGCCAGUUAGGCGCCUGGGCCACGACGCUCAGCCCGUCAGCCCACUGGACGCGGCAAUACUGGCCCAGCGCUUCCUCAGGAAGUAGUGCCAUGGCAAAGCCUGCAGCCAGGAGCAGGUCACUGUGAGCGGGGUGCCCCAUGGAACCAGCCUUGUGCGGCUGUGUGCUUGUGUGUUUUGAGAGUGUUUGGGUGGGGAGACUGUGUAUUGAACUUGAAUUUAUUUUCUCUUUUAAAUCCCAUCUGCUACUCUCACUCGCCAAGGAAGCUGAGGACUCUGGCUCGAGCAACACAUACACACACACAAACUGUGGGUCCUCGACCCCUAACAUUAACCCCCUCCCUCUCAUGUGGACAUGGACAAUUUCAGCAAUACUGAAUCAUGUAGCAAAUUCACACACUGACACAUACAUGUACACACACACACUUGCAUACACAUCUCAUUCUCCUUUUCUACUAUCAGCACUUUUCACGGGAACAACUCAGAUCACCUGAUGUCCAUCUGUCCCUCUGUCCUGCCCUCACUGCACCUUCUCCCUUCAACCAGACCCAUCCUUGUCGGUCCCAUCUGUGUCCACGACUGCAAAUCUACCUCUUACCGUCUCUGUCUCUCAGUCCGUGUAGAACUAUGCUCUCGAUCCAUUUGAAAACAUGUAUCCAAAUACGGGGGUAGUGCCACAAGCACAUGCUUAAGAGCAUUAUUAUUGUUGUUAUUAUUUUUAUUAUUAUUAUUAUUUAGGUGCAGAUUUCUUUUGGCGUGUCAAAACCAGCGAUUAGUUUUGCCUCACAAUCUGAAUAAGCUUAUUUUUCUCCUGGUAUAGUAGCAUUUAAUGUUGUUGGUUUUUUUUUCUCUCUCCUCUCCUUCCUCCCUCCACCCCUCAUUGAAGAUUUAAGUUGCUUGGUCUUGCCAGCUAGAGCCUCAGUUUUGAAGGCUGUGUUCUAUGAGACUAAAUCUGUGAUCUUUCCUCCUAAGUUUGGGCAUUCACAGGCAGCUAGAGUGUUGUACAGCUGAAAUUCUGGUUGCCAAGAAAUCUUGGAUCAAAAGAGUCGUUUAAGUCGCCUCUUUACAUCCUGAAGCCCAGUGAGGUACGAUAUGCUCUUCCUGAUCCUGAUUCUCUUAUAAAAUCCAAAGCUAGUCCAGCUGAGUCCCACUCCCACUACCGUUAUUAUUAUAUAAAACCUUCACCCAAACCCAUAUGGGAAUUGGAUAUCUAUUAAUUCCCCCAACCACCAAAUAAAUGCCUUCUGGUGCUGUUCUUAGUUUGACUGGUUAUGGUGCUGAUGCUGGUGCUGGUAGUGCAGUGUUCUCAGGUCAUGGGUCAGUGCUGUGAGGACAGCAGGGCAGUCAUGAUGCAGAGGUGAUAUGAGGCCAUCAGGAAGCGGGAUGGCUUAGGCUGCAGUCACGCGGAAGUAUAAGCUCUGUUAAGCCACGUAAGCGCCUCCCUUAAGCUCCACUACGCUCCGCUCCCGUAGUGACCCAGGCCAGCCUCAUGGGCCACUCACUCUUUGAAAACCAGCCAGUUAUUUGAAGUGCGUCUGUUUGCAACAGGUUCACAGUUCUGCUGCGCUUAUUGAGCACAGACACCACGGCUGCUCUUCAGGCCAUAGUAUUAGGGGGUGGGGGGGUUGGGAUGGCCACUAAGAAAACCCAAGAACUUAACUCAAAGUAGUCAGCAUUAUCCGGGAAUGUAAGACCCACCCUAUUCCUCACUUUUUAUAGUUCCAGUUUGCUUUAUUGAGCUUAAGCAUGCUUUCUCUCAAUCCGUGGUCACCUUGAUAUUGCGUACUCUCUCAAUCAUUGCUUAUGAUGAGAGUUGCAGGAUGUGAGUAAGUAUUUAAACUCUUGGUUUUGGACUGUUCUCCAAACUCAUUUUUAAGCUACUUGUAAAUGAUCACAGCCGCUGAACAUUACUUGCCUUAGAUAGAUGGAGAGAUUGUCAUUUAAUCAGUGAGCUGUGACUUCAGCUUUGAUGAUGCUCCAGUGUAUCUUAGUAAACAGGUGGUGGUUGUCGUUCAUCAGCCUGUGUGUACAUGUGACGUGGUCGGUGAGGUUCUGGCUGGUUCCACUAAUACCAUUACAGUGAAAACAAUUAUAAAGUACUGUGCUUACUGGUGUCUGAGCUUCCCACCAGAAGUUCUACUUAAUAUUUCAAGGUUUAGCAGCCCCCCCCAAUUCUUUAUUUAUUCAUUGUGUUUAAAUGGUCUUGUUUUCAUUUGUUAAUUUGGAUUCCCCAUAUGUCCUCCCAAGGCGGGAUUUCAUGAGAUCCAACUUUAUAACAUUGCUGUGAUCCCUUUUUUCAACACCCAUUCUAUGGUAUUUUUUUAUUUUUAUUUUCUUUUGCUGCCACAAUUGUUGCCACAAUCAUUCUGAUGGUUUAUUAAGCUACAUUUAAUAACAAGACUGACUUUGCAUAGCUCUAUUUUUAAGCAGCCUAAAUUAUAGCACACAUUAUUAGAUUGACGUUUAGAAAUGAUGUAGAUUUUAUCCUGCAAGUUUAAUACAACACCGCACUCUGGCCAGUGUGUAAAUACCAUUGUGAUGGCGAGUUGUCGCCUGUAGUACAAAACCAGUAGGCUACACCAGUGCUGCAACAUGAGAUGAGUACUUAUCCAAGUGAUUUUGCCUGCCACCAUCGAAAGCAUUAGUCACCUCCCACCUCAAUGUGAAUUUGUGUUUUUUUUUUUUUUUUGGAUAUAAAGCAGUAUUGUAGAUGGCAUGUAAGAGUCUAUGUGUGGGUGUAUGUAUGCGAGCAUGAGCGUCAGUAUGUGUGUGAGAAUUAUCAGAGGAGCAAAUGUAAGUAUGACAUCAUGCUCUUAUCUCUCUCUUGCUCGCUCUCUCACUCACAAAUGAAAAAAAAAAAAUGAUCUAAAUAUAAAUGCCCCAUCAUCCAUUAGCAACAGGGUUUAGUAGUGACCCUGAGCGCCAUCUUCUAAUGGUAAAUCUGUAGGCUUACGAUGUGACCAUUGAUGGUGUGGUUGUGUAGUUGGUGCCCUAACCUAGAGGAACUAUGUUUUAGGUUAUAAUUGCUGUUGAAUGCCCCAUUUCAGUGUCUAAACAGAAUCGCUCCCCGCAUAGACAGUUUUUUGUAGUGCCCUUGGCGUCCGAUGGCCAAGCUGUAUUUGCAGCAUGAGACGUGUAUGUUGUUCAGCUAUGUUGUUUCUACAUUUUGAAGGUAAUUAAUGCAUGACUCAGACUUGCAAGAUGUGCCACAAGAUAUCUGCGAUUUAUCAGCCAGAUUUUUUGGAUGGCUUCGGGUGUUAUUAGAAGAGGAAUCUGUAGUCCAGUCACAAAUACACUAAAACAGAAGACUCAUCUCAGCAGUGGUUAUUUGGGAGAUUUCAUUUUGAAGUCGAGCAGUUUAAUUUCAAGUAUGAUUUUUCUCGUCCUGUCGUAUGAACCUUUGCAUUCUUAAAUAACUGGAAACUUUUAAAUUGGUGUAGAAUGAGAUGAUGGUAAAAUUAGUCAUAAGCCUAACAGUUUGGUGUUGUACGCUGCUUGGUUGGAUAGAUAUCAAAGAAGAAACUGGGAAAAUGUACAGAGAUAAAAACAAAUUUGUAUAAAAGACAUAUUUUUGUACUUCAUAAAAUCUCUACAUGCAUGUCAGCAAUAAACUUUGAUAUUGAA